AUGUACACGUGUAAAGGUAGCGUUAGCGAACUAAGGACCGAUAAAAGAUACUUCUUAACUCCCCCCAGCUACUCAAAUCAAGCUCAUCUCCCUGUCGCCGCACUCGCAACGUUAACCCUGGUAGCGCCUAUAAGUGUCCGUGCUCGCCGAACUUGUCCUGAACAUCACACAACCAACUUUGAGACUAGGUCUGCGUUUUGUGGGCUAAAGAUGCAAAGCGGUAGUAACACUUUAGUGCAGCUCGGUGGAUAA